GCAAUGCAGAAGGACUCCGUGCCGUUGUGUCUUGACGAAGUGCAAGACAAGUGGGGGAGUGAGGGAGUGAUUGUGCAAGUAAUUCUGCAGCAAUGGCCGCCACUACCGCUCUCGCUUCUGUGUCUGCGUUCUCCGGCGCUUCCGUGCUGGGCUUGCCAACCUUGUCGACGACGACGCCAAGGACCGCUCGUCCCCUUACCGUGACUGCCAACGUUAAGAAGAUCAAGGUGAAGGAGCCAUUGGGUCCAUCAGGUGACUUUAAGAACAAGAAGGGUGUCGAUGCUGGUGGCCGAGUUCUCAAGGGCAAGGGUGUGUACCAGUUCGUCGACAAGUACGGUGCUAAUGUUGACGGGUACAGCCCAAUUUAUGCUAAGGAUGAGUGGAGCAAGGGAGGGGACAGCUACGCCGGAGGAACGCCUGCCCUCGCCAUCUGGGCUCUUCUUUUGGGUGGACUUCUCCUCACUGGAGCUCUUCUAGUGUACAACACAUCUGCCUUGAGCGGUUAAGAUUUAGUUAUAUUAUUUUUACACUAAUAUCGAAUUUGUUGACCUUAGUCGAAAAGGAAUAAGCGCAAGUUUGACCUGGUUUUUUUAUUCUAUUGGUCUGAUCUUAUGUGCAUCCCAAGCUUGAUGGAAUUUUGCUGGUCGUAAAAACCACGGCUAAGUGUAUCACAUGUUUCUACCCAAUUCAUCUAUAACUAGUACUGGUGAUCAGUGGCAUAGUCAGUACCA